GCAAAUGUGUGCAGCUAUGUGCUCGCUCCAAAGAUGAAGCUGGAGUGUCUGCACACUCCAGCUUCACCUCUGGAGUGAGCAAAGCAGGUGAAGCAUGUAAUUGGCGUGCAGCAUCCAGCUCUGAUAUUACCCCUCCGGCCAGUGCGAUUAGAACGGUCAUUUCCUCGCACUCUUGUCUGAAAACAUGUGCGCAACCACUCCUCGCCUCUCCAACAGAGAGUGAACCAACUCCAACUUUCUCAUUCGUGACUUUGAGCAUAUGGAGAGAAAUCUAUCCGGAGCGGAGUACUCUAUUUUAUUUCCUUUUUAUUUUCAGGUGUCCCAUCACACUGUAGAAACUAACGCUGCCAGGUGCCAAUAAGAAAUUCGCCGGCACGUUCUGAAGAGUCAUCAGAUCUCCGUGCACACGGCGGCAAGUAGCUCCACCGCGAAGUAGCAGCUACUGCGGGGACUAUUUUUAGAAACAAUGUUGCGGUAGAGGAAUCAAUCAAACUGGGGCUAAAAACUGGAGCUGUUUUUGCAUGACAAUCUACUGCUUUUCAGAGCCGCGUCCUUCUGAGAUCCAGUCUCUGCUCGCAGGGGGCGCGGGACAGGAUGCAUUUUUGUGUCUCUUUUUUUUUUUUUUUUCCAUCUGAGCUGAUGCCAAAUUCCACAUGAUGCCUUUUGUCAUCGCGCUCUCCAGGAAAGCACACCGGCGGGCUGCAAACUUUUGUACCAUGGAAUCCAGCACACUUUUGGGCAACAGUGGCUGCGGUGCUUUUGGGACCUCACGUAGUUUUGCGUCUUUUCACAGUCUUAAGAUUUCUAAAGAACACUGCAGCUCGGGGUGUGAAUGAGAGUUUCUUAAGGGGAUAAGCACGGUGGGAAUCGCGUUGCUGUCUCUUGGGUUCUAUCAGGUGUGAGUUUUUUUUUUCUUUUUUUUUUUUUUCUCUCGCUGGCUCUUAUGGGAAUUAAGCACUCGUCCCGCUGCAUGCUCCUCAGGAGAAAAAUGGCGGAGUCUGAGAGCAGCGAGCUACCACAGACGCAGCCACAGCCGAUCCGCAUUAUUCCAUCUCAGUCGGCACAGCCAACCUCGUUGCCCAAGCCUGUGCCUUCUAUCCAGCAUGCACAUCGGCCGCCUCGCCCACCGCACACACCUCACGCUGCCAGCCUGCCAAGCUGUCCGGGGCGGGGCAAGAUGGCCAAGCUACUUAACCCGGAGGAGAUGACCUCACGAGACUACUACUUUGAUUCUUAUGCCCACUUUGGCAUUCACGAGGAAAUGCUGAAGGACGAAGUGAGGACGCUCACCUACAGGAACUCCAUGUACCACAACAAACACGUCUUCAAGGACAAAAUAGUGCUGGACGUUGGAAGCGGGACUGGGAUCCUGUCCAUGUUUGCGGCCAAAGCAGGGGCGAAGCACGUGUAUGGGAUCGAGUGUUCCAGUAUAUCAGAGUACUCCGAGAGGAUCAUCAAGUCCAACCACCUCGACAGCGUGAUCACCAUUUUCCGAGGCAAGGUGGAGGAGGUGGAGCUUCCCGUUGAAAAGGUCGACAUCAUCAUAUCCGAGUGGAUGGGCUACUGUCUCUUCUACGAAUCCAUGCUCAACACUGUCAUCUUCGCUAGGGACAAGUGGCUGAAACCCGGUGGAUUAAUGUUUCCUGACCGAGCCUCUCUGUAUGUGGUGGCCAUAGAGGACAGGCAAUACAAGGACUUCAAAAUACACUGGUGGGAGAAUGUGUAUGGUUUUGAUAUGACCUGCAUCCGUAAUGUGGCCAUCAAGGAACCCCUGGUGGACAUAGUGGACCCCAAACAGGUGGUGACCAACUCCUGUCUAGUCAAGGAGGUGGACAUCUACACGGUAAAGCCUGAGGACCUCUCCUUCGCCUCGAAUUUCUGCCUGCAAAUCCAAAGGAACGAUUACAUCCACGCACUGGUCACUUACUUCAACAUCGAGUUCACCAAGUGUCACAAGAAGACUGGUUUCUCCACAGCUCCAGAUGCUCCGUACACACACUGGAAGCAGACGGUGUUCUACCUGGAGGACUAUUUGACCGUGAGGAGAGGAGAGGAGAUUGUUGGCAGCAUUGCUAUGAAGCCCAACGAGAAAAAUAUUCGUGACUUGGACUUUACCUUUGAGCUGGAUUUCAAAGGGCAGCUGUGUGAAGCAGCCAUAUCCCACGACUAUAAGAUGCGCUAAGUUUCACCGUGGCGCCCCACUGAGUGUAACCAUCCACCACCCGGGAAGGGGCCUGUGGAGGAGAGGGGAGGGGUGAGGAGCGAGUGGAACCGCUCCCUAAACCGCAGACGGGUAACACAGUGGGAUGUGAACGGAUCACCAAAGACCGGGAAGACGGGGGGCACGGGCGACAACGGCGUCACCAAAUCGUAAAACGAAAGCAGGAAGUGACCAACGCUGACUGUUAAACAAAUAUGAAUGUAACUGACACAAGAGGUCAGGAAUAUUUUCUAGUCUUGAUGAAUGUUAUUGGUGUAUGUACAUGUGAGAUGGGGUGACGUGUCUGUGCGUUUCGUCCAGUAUUUGUUUCCUCAUCCGUAACUUGUUGGUUUUAUGGGUGGGGGGGCGUAGGCGGCACCUGUAGAUCUAAUAAAUGACUGUACUUGUCCACAUUCUGUUAGAGGUAGACAAUAAAUCUAAGUGUAGUUUUUAUGUCACAUUACGUACUGUAGCCGAUGAUUCUCAGUGAAACGAUAUCAUCUAUAGCUCUAUCACUUCAGCCGCGUUGGGAAACUAAACAGCGAUUGACGCAACACAGCCAAGGAAUAACAGAUGUGUGUAAUGUGAAAGGUGAUGUGUGUCAGUGUAGUUACUAGUCGUUUUGUGUGGAACAGGAGGUGUCGAAGCUCGGACUCCGUACGUGCUCUGUGUUGUCAGUUUGAGGUCUUAAAUGCCUUGACCAAGUGCCGAAGCGUAACUAAAUCUUUUCCGCACAGCUGCA